AAUAAUGGAAUCUGUCUAAUUGCAGAGAGAUCAGCAUCCAUGGCCCUCCCCUGGUCUCCCCAGGCUCAAUGCGUGUGCUACCUAUAAAAGGAUGAGUUAAGCGUAGAGACUCUCCAUUGCGAUCGGCAAGUAGCUGGCUAUAGCUAGUUGUGGUACCGUACGUGGAGCACAGAAAAGAAGAGAUGGCUCUUGAUGGGAUGUGGAGGAGCUUGAAGCCAUACUUGUUCAUGGUGUUCCUGCAGGUUGGGUACUCUGGGAUGUACAUCAUCUCCGUUGCGUCGCUCAAAGGCGGCAUGAACCACUACGUCCUCGUCGUGUACCGGAAUAGCAUUGCGGCUGCCGUCAUCGCCCCAUUUGCUCUUUGGUUUGAAGGGAAAACGAGGCCAAAGAUGACACUUUCAGUCUUCUUCAAGAUUAUGGUUUUGGCAUUACUCGAGCCAGUUCUUGACCAAAACUUCUACUACAUGGGUGCCAAGAUAACCUCAGCAAGUUUCUCUGCUGCCCUCUACAACAUCUUGCCCGCCAUGACUUUCGUCAAUGCUAUCAUCCUCAGGAUUGAGAAGAUUAAUCUGAAGAAACGGCGAAGCCAAGCGAAGGUCGUGGGCACUCUGGUGACAGUAAUCGGUGCACUACUCAUGAUCCUAUACAAAGGCCCCAUCAUUGAGUUUAUUUGGAACAAGGGAAGGAGCCACCACGGCAGCGGCGGCGGCGGCGGUGAAAACCAAAGCCAUUGGCUCGUCGGCACUCUGAUGCUAUUGUUCAGUUGCUUCUGCUGGUCUGCUUUCUUCAUACUGCAGUCCAACACUUUGAAGGCAUAUCCUGCAGAGCUGUCGUUGAGUACCUUGAUCUGCCUAUUGGGCGCGGGACAAAGUGCAGCAGUUACACUCGCGGUGGAGCGCACUGCCAAGCCUUGGCUGAUAGGCUUCGGCACAAACCUCUUCACGGCUGUUUACUCUGGAAUAAUGUGCUCUGGAGUGGCCUACUAUGUUCAGGGGAUAGUAAUGAAGGAAAGAGGCCCUGUUUUCGUGACCGCCUUCAACCCUCUUUGCAUGAUCAUUACAGCCUUAAUGGGCUCCAUUAUUCUAGCAGAGGAGAUCACGUUAGGAAGACUACUUGGUGCACUUAUAAUAGUGAUUGGGCUUUACUUCCUGAUAUGGGGAAAGAGCAAGGACCACUUGAUCAAUGAAAAUGAAGCAGCGAUUGGGCUACCAAAGGUCGCUAAUGAUGCCAUCAAGACUACUAACUCGUUGGACGACGUCUCCGUUGUCCACGUCCAUCCUGACAAGAACUGAUGUUCCGUAAGACAAAAAAUGUAUUUUACAGCACAAGAUAUAUGAUUCGGAUUGGGGCUAACUAUGUACGUGGUGAUAUAUAUUACAUAUUUCAUAACGUACGCGAACUAUUUAUACGA